AUUAACAGACAGAUAGAUACAAACAUGAGACAAUAAUAUCAUCCUGUUUGGUUUGAACAAUAAAAUCAACAAUAACAGAACAAUAAAGUUUUCACUUGACCUUGGUCUUCCAGAUGCUGAGUGCCUGGUGGUCAGUCCUGCCAGGCUGGUGGUGAAGCAUGGAGACCCAGCCUCCUCUAACUGCAGCUCUGAUACCCCUGUAGAGAUGGGCUGGGAAGCCACCCAGGGAGGAGUUGGUCUAACAGACAAGGAGGUGAAGAUCCUACGCUGGAGGGUGGACAGUGUGACUGAAUGGUAUAGCACACCUACAUGCUACACAGAAGGAGGCCAGUGUCAGAAACAGCUGAACAUCACAGUUUAUAAGCUUCCAGACCGUGUCUCCAUCAGCUACAGGAAGUACCCUGAUCCGAUGGUUGAGGGGGAUCAGUACCUGCUACAGUGUCUUGUCCAGAACAUCGCUCCUAUUGGGAGACUCAGGGUGACCUUCUACAAAGUCAGUGCCACUGGUGAACAGACAGAAUUAGACACACAACAGAAAUCCAAGGACAACAUCAACACACCACAGAAUGGGACCUUCACCCUGGACUUCACCCCUGGUAGAGAUGAUGACGGGGCCCAGUUGUUGUGUUCAGCCAUGUUGGAUCUGGGACCAGAGGGACCCCAACCUCCUCCUGUAAUGGACUCAAACCGCCUCAACAUCAACGUGCACUACAAGCCUCAGAUCACUAGGAGUCCUGGAUGUUUCUCCAUGAGCAUCACGGAGGGCGGCACCAUAUCACUGGCCUGUAGUGUAAAUGUGGACUACCUGCCCAUCAUUGCAGGGCUGGCUUCGAUGGUGAUCCUCUUGGCGAUCUCUUGUUUCAUCUACUCAUCUUACUAUAAACACAGGCGCAUGAGCCAUUAACAGCUGAAAAUCAUGUUGCCACGACGACACAAGAACAAACACGUGGUGCAACACAACGGAAUGGACCAGUCCUUUAUGUAGAGGAGGGGUUGGGGUCAGAGCAUGUGAGCAGAGGUUGGAAAUCCUGAUGAGUGGGUGUGGCUCUCCACGUCCUUUCCUACCGCUCCCUCACAGAAUGGAAGCAAGUCCCCGUAGCAAUGUUCCAACAUCUAGUGGAAAGCCCUCCCAGAAGACUGGAGGCUGUUAUAGCAGCAAUGUUCCAUCAUCUAGUGGAAAGCCUUCCCAGAAGACUGGAGGCUGUUAUAGCAGCAAUGUUCCAACAUCUAGUGGAAAGCCUUCCCAGAAGACUGGAGGCUGUUAUAGCAGCAAUGUUCCAACAUCUAGUGGAAAGCCUUCGCAGAAGACUGGAGGCUGUUAUAGCAGCAAUGUUCCAACAUCUAGUGGAAAGCCUUCCCAGAAGACUGGAGGCUGUUAUAGCAGCAAUGUUCCAACAUCUAGUGGAAAGCCUUCGCAGAAGACUGGAGGCUGUUAUAGCAGCAAUGUUCCAACAUCUAGAGGAAAGCCUUCCCAGAAGACUGGAGGCUGUUAUAGCAGCAAUGUUCCAACAUCUAGUGGAAAGCCUUCGCAGAAGACUGGAGGCUGUUAUAGCAGCAAAGUGGGGACCAACUCCAUAUUAAUGCCCAUGAUUUUGGAAUGAGAUGUUCGUGUCCAUAUACUUUUGGUCAUGUAGUGUUUCUGGUUACACUUGCAGACUGGCGCAAAAUUAAAUACUACACUUCUCAAUUGCAGAUCAUGUUAAUUUCAGUAUUUAUUAACUUGCAUCGUCUAAUUCACUCAGUGAUCAUAAAGUACCAAAUAACAGGAUGUGUGCAAAGAAAGCACUAUUAUAUCUGUAUGCACAUGUGUGUAGAUUAAUGCAUUUCUUUUGUAUAUAUUUUCCCAAUAAAGAACCAUUUUGAAGUA